UUUCGCUCCACUCGACGGCCGAAGGAAGAUAAAGCCCUCGGCGGGAUGCCCGCGAGUGAGGAAGGAGUGAGGGACUUCUCCGAUCGGCGGAAUUUAUCAUAAAUGCCGUUACCGUGGUGCAGACAGUAGUUUACUGUAUUUCGUCCGAGCGGUGUUGCGCGGCCUCGCACAUAAAAAAAAAAAAGGUUUCAGCGUCUUCGGACGGGACACGCGUGGGAGCCGCGGCUCGGCUCGAAUCCGCGCGAUAUUUACGCGAGGAUGAGUAUCGGUGUCGCGUCGGCGGUGUUCGUCGCUUUGGCGUGCGCGCUCGUUGACACUGUUGACAGUGCCGCGGGUUUGGGACACGCGCGAUUCAUCAAUGACGGAAAUCCGCCUGCGAUCUCGCUUCUCACGGAGAAUGGCCCAGUUUCGGACGGCACUCGCGACUGGACUCAUCAGCUCUUGCUUACGGAGCAGGACAAUGCCGAGAAGAACUGCUCGGAUCUGCGUUCGAUCGACGAGUUCCCGAAGGUGUUCACGUACGAGCAGCAUCGCCAGGGUGUCGUGGUGCUCCACAUACUCUUCGGUUUCUACUGCUUCAUCCUGACGGCGUUCGUCUGCAACGAUUACCUGCUGCCGGCGCUCGACAUCAUAUGCACGCAGCUCAACAUCAGCACCGACGUCGCCGGGGCGACCUUCCUCGCCACCGCGAGCUGCUUCCCCGAGCUGUUCGUCAACGUCGUCGGCACCUUCCUGACCGAGUCCGAUCUCGGGGUCGGCACCGUGAUGGGCGGCGCGGUUUUCAACACCUUCGCGACACCGGCGUGCGGCGCGUUAUCGUCGAUGCACGCAAUACCAUUAGAAUGGCGAAUAUUGACUCGAGAUUGUGUACUUUACGUGGUGUCGGUCGCCGUUUUGGUGAUCAUAAUGUGGGACGGCAUAAUCAAAUUAUACGAAGCGAUCAUCCUCAUGAUACUGUUGAUCAGUUAUUUGACGCUAUUAUUUUCCAGCAAAUGUAUUGUGCGUUGGCAUAAUAAGCUCGCGCACCUGUACACUUGCAAAAACCGCAGUACCAAUAUUACCGAGGAAGAAACAGCUCCGAAAAGCAAUGGAGAGUCAAUGCCCGAUGGCCUGUACAGACCGUAUUUCCACGGCGAGCUCGUGGCGGAGUACAGAAAAAGCAUAGCAAAACGGAAGCCUUCCGUUAAUAGCGUGGAGACGCAGAAUCACGUGGAAAAGAUAGAGGAGUAUGUGGAACCAGAUACCCCAUUUGUAUGGCCGACCGGCGGUAGACUAGCCAAAAUAUGGUUCUACUUCGUUUGGCCAUUAAAACUAAUAUUGUUCGUUACCAUACCGGACAGCAGGUAUAAACGGUGGAAAAACUGGUAUCUGCUAACGUUCGUCAUGUGCGUGAUAUGGAUCGCGGUGUCCUCCUACCUGACGUCGUGGAUGACGACCGUCCUCGGCGACACCAUCGGGAUCCCGGACUCCGUGAUGGGUAUCACGUUCCAGGCCGCCGGUGGCAAUAUGCCAGAGCUCGUCUCGAUCGUGAUACUUUCCAGGCAGGGUAACGGAGACAUGGCUAUGAGCAACACGCUGGGCGCGAACACGCUCGACAUUCUGUUGUGCCUCGGUCUACCGUGGAUGAUCAAGAUCCUGAUGAGCCGGAAGGACGUCACGAUCGUCUCGGGCGCCCUACGCUUCAGCGUGCUCUCGAUCGUCGUGUGCGUGAUCGCCUUUUACGCGGUCACCGCGUUGUACAAGUAUUGCCUCAACAAGAAAGUGGGUGCCAUUUGCCUGAUAUUAUACGCGAUAUUCUUGGUUUUCGCGCUGUCAUUCGAACUGAACGUCUUCUACCCGGUGAACUUGCCUAUGUGCCCCCCUUAAAAUAUGCCGUUCUACACGAAUAUUUAUUACUUCCUUAUUUAAUUAUUAAUAAUAAGUUAUUUAAUAACUUCUUUUUUCAACACAAGGAAAAUGAGAUUAAGCGAGAAUGUUGCUUUUGUUCAACUUUCACAGAUGUACUCAGGACACUAAAUGCAAUGACAGAAAGUUCCUACGAACAUUAGAUCGGGAUCACUGACCUCUUUUUCGUUGUCACUAUUCGCUAUCAUCUGCAGCUCUUAUGGCGAAGUGUUAUAAUCUAAAUAUUUUCUUCCAUUUUGGUUUUCACGUGUUAUUUAUAUUUUAUUUUUACGAAAAAAAAGACAAAAUCUUUCGACAUAAAACUACCGAUCAAGAUAUUGUUUUGUAUAUGGUAGAAUAAGUUUAUAUAGUUUGUAAUGAAACUAUUUUAUUAUAAAUAUAGAAAUAAAAAGAGAAAAAAAA